GUGCUACAUUUUUAUUUAGUUUGUAACCAUUCCCCAACGUUAGAGCAUUGUGCCGGUUCGGACUGUACUUUGCGCUCUGUUUUUCAAUAGUGUAUCGAUAUAAAAUUCAACAGAUGAGUGAUAAGGUGUUAAGACUUUCGAAAGCUUAUCAGUGCUUCAGUGCCGCCGGGCUCUGGCAUGGGAGGCCGCAGAAUGAUUAAGGCAGCAGCUGUGCUGAUAACAGUAGGGUACUGUAGCCUUUUAGUGUACCAUGGCGGAGUAACUUUCAACUUCCAAGAAAGACCGGGAGCAGUGCAAGUGCCUGACCUUUCUAUUGAACCCGUGACAAAAACAAGCAUUUACAAUAGUGGACAGAACAAAAACAUUACUUUAGAUGAUAUUUUUAUUAGUGUUAAGACAACUAAACAUUAUCAGUAUACAAGAUUACCGAUAAUUUUGAAAACAUGGUUUCAAUUAGCAAAGCAACAGACUUGGUUCUUCACAGAUACAGAAAACCGACAGCAUCAAAAUCAAACCAAUGGACAUAUGGUAAACACAAACUGCUCGGCGUCGCAUCAACGCAAACACCUCUGCUGCAAAAUGUCGGUGGAAUAUGACCAUUUCCUGGAGAGCGGUAAAAAGUAAGUAACUUAAAUGUUAUA